AAGUUUCAAAACGAGAAAGUUAGAAUCUCCGAUUCCAUUCAAAACCUCUCUCUCCUUUUUCAACUCUCUCACUCUCUCUCUCUCUCACACACAUACACACACUCAAAGCUAUGAAAGAACACGCAAACGUUGCUGCCACAGUUGACACGUGUAGAACCAUCGAAGUCGCCGUCGUCGAGCAGCGGCAGUAUCUCCGUUCCCAGCCGCUUCAAGCCAUCAAGCUUUCGCCGUCUCCGGUCCCAACCGCCGACGAUUACCCCUAUGACUAUGACUUUAACUAUAAUUUCGAUGACAACGGUGAAGAUCUCUUUAUUCCUCCUCUCAACUUCGCCAUGGUCGAUAAUGGCAUUUUCCGUUCAGGCUUCCCUGACUUAGCUAACUUCUCGUUUCUUCAAACUCUUGGUCUUCGUUCCAUCAUAUACUUGUGUCCAGAGCCAUAUCCAGAAGCAAACAUGGAGUUUCUAAAGGAAAAUGAUAUUCGCUUGUUUCAGUUCGGUAUUAAAAACUGCAAAGAACCUUUUGUAAAUAUUCCAGAAGAGAAGAUUCGUGAAGCAUUGGAGGUUCUAAUUGAUGUUAGAAAUCACCCAGUGUUGAUCCAUUGCAAACGUGGGAAGCAUCGAACUGGCUGCCUUGUUGGAUGCCUGAGAAAAUUGCAGAAGUGGUGCCUAACUUCUGUGUUCGACGAGUACCAGCGUUUUGCUGCGGCCAAAGCAAGAGUGUCAGAUCAGAGGUUUAUGGAGCUUUUUGAUGCAUCCAGCUUCAAACAACAGUCAUUGUCAUUUUCGUGUUCAAAGAGGGGUAGAGCUCGUUCUCUCCGUCCGGGUUCUUCCUGCCAACUAUGGUUAAACCAAGGCAGCUAGAAAGCAAAUUGUGCCCGUGAUGCUACAUGGUUUCUGAUUCUCAUACAAGUAUCUGUAUUUGUGUGUAACUUAUUAUGUCGUAGUAUGUAGAAGCUUUAAUUAGUUGUAACUAGGACGGGGGCCACAAGCAACAACUGCUCAUUGAUGCUGUUGGUUUAGAAUAAAGGAGUCUAGUAGUUUUUACAGCAUGUAACACAUCCUGUAUUUGACUUGAAUGUCAUGACCAAUUUAAUUCUUAGCACGAUAUAAAUUUUGCCAUUUCCUACCUUUGGUACAAAUUUCAGACAAACUAAAGUGUUAUGAUGAAAUGCAGUCAUCGUAAGCUGUAAAGAGAUA